AGUUAAUUCAAACUUGCGGCAGCGGCUGGGCGUGUGUGUUGUUUACUAUUCAGUUAUUUUCGUGUUUUUGUAACAGAAAGUGCUAUUAGAAAAAAAAGAUGAGUCGAAAUUUUAGAGACAGAGAAGAAUUCCAAAUGGAUACAAAGCCCUCUAAGAGGACUGGAAGUCAGAAAUUUAGAUACUUUUUCUACAACGGUGAUACUGGUGAAAUUUUGGGAAGAACGCCUGAAAGUUGGGGUAAAAUACUCAUCUUCUACACAAUCUUCUAUGCGGUGCUGGCUGCCUUAUUUGCAGUCUGCAUGGUCACGUUUAUGCAGCAUUUUAUCAACCCUCGAGUGCCUCGGCUGCAGCAGGAGUACAGUGUGAUUGGCACCAGCCCAGGGCUAGGGUUCCGGCCGCUGCCGGCAGAUGUCAGAAGCACCCUGAUCUGGUACAAGGGAACAGGCUACGAGAGCUAUAAGUACUGGGAAGAUCAGCUCAUUGAUUUCUUGUCUGUUUACAAAAAGAAGGGUCAGACGGCGGGCGCUGGACAGAACAUAUACAACUGUGACUUCACGAACCUGCCGCCCCCCGGCAAGGUCUGCGACGUGGACAUCAGGAGGCUGGACCCCUGCAUCGAUGAGAACCACUUCUCUUUCCACAAGUCCUCGCCCUGCAUCUUUCUCAAGUUGAAUAGGAUCUACGGCUGGCGGCCGGAGUACUACCACGGCGUGGAGGACCUGCCGUCAGACAUGCCCGCCGACCUGCAGACGCACAUCAAAAACCUGACCACCUACAAUCCCAACUACGGUAACAUGGUGUGGGUAUCGUGCCAGGGUGAGACUCCAGCAGACAAGGAAAACAUUGGUCCUAUCAGCUACCUGCCCUUCCCCGGGUUCCCAGGGUACUUCUACCCGUAUGAGAAUGCUGAGGGAUACCUCAGCCCGCUCGUCGCUAUACACUUGCAGAGACCUCGAACGGGUAUUCUGAUUAACAUCGAGUGCCGCGCCUGGGCGAGGAACAUUAAGUACGACAGGAGAGAACGUCUGGGUGUGGUGCACUUUGAGCUCAUGAUCGAAUAGUUACUACACAUCCGUCCAAACGUGUCUACUCGGCUCCAAGCUUGUACAGGAACCACGGUAAUGUUUUAACUUUAUUUUAAAGAAAGACACAAGUUUAGUAUAUUCGAAGUAAAAAGCAAGUUUAAUUGGGAUGAUGACUUGGUAUGAAAAUUAAAAAUCUAUUUAGUCCGUCAGUUAGGUAAUGAAAAAUUAUUUAUCAUAACAAUAUUGAAAUCGUUAUCGGAGUGGAAGUAAAUACAUAAUUUCUACGUAUAAAAC